AUGCGGGUGCUCGCGGUCGUGUCUGGUGAAAUCGUUGCGCCGUUUCCUGACCGACCGACGGAAGGUUUUCUCCGAUUUCAAGUUGAACUCUCGCCCAUGGGUGCUGCGACGUUAGAGCACAAGCAAGCACACAAGGCGUGGGCAGCUGAGCUCUCCCGCAUUGUCGAACGCUCCAUCCGCGAUUGCAAGGCGCUGGACACGGAAGCUCUGGCUAUUGUCGCGGGGGAAAGCGUCUGGGCUAUCAAGUGCACUGUCCACAUCUUGGAUCACGGUGGCAACUUGGUGGAUGCUGUUUCGAUCGCGUCCAUUUCCGCUCUCAUGCAUUUCCGUCGACCAGAGAGCUUGGGAUCAAUCACGUACACGUUCAACUCAUAUCGGGAGUUGUGUGCGGUGCACAAGAUUGGCGGCGUCUCCAUCGACACUGACGUCGUCCUCCGAUGUGCGAACAUCGCCGCUGCCAAGGUAGGCACGAGUGCUUCCAAUUUGUUUAGUUGGAAUGUUCUCCAAGAGUUCAAGAAUGGAAUCGACAAUGUCCCUUGA